AAAAGAAGGAGACACAAAAACUCCUCACUCUCUGUAUCUUUUGAUCUAUAUAAUAGUGCCUUGAAAGAGAAGAAAGCAAGAUCAAACACACAAAAAAUGGGACACCUAAUUCCUCAAACCGGAGAUGAAGAAACCGAGCUUGGUUUAGCGGCGGUUAGGCUAGCUAAUUGUGCAGCCUUCCCUAUGGUUUUCAAAGCUGCCAUCGAGCUCGGUGUCAUCGACACUCUCUACUUAGCUGCUCGUGUUGACGUCACCGGAGCCAGUUCCUUCCUCACACCUUCUGAGAUAGCUACUCGGCUUCCCACAAAACCUAGUAACCCUGAAGCACCGGCUCUGUUGGACCGUAUUCUUCGUUUACUCGCUAGCUACUCCAUGGUCAAGUGCCAAGUUAUAGAAGGUAAGAGAGUCUACAAAGCCGAGCCGAUUUGUCGAUAUUUCUUGAAAGAUAAUGUUGAUGAAGAAUUAGGAACACUUGCUUCUCAACUUGUUGUCACACUCGAUAGCGUCUUCCUCAAUACAUGGGGAGAAUUAAAAAAUGUGGUGCUAGAAGGAGGAGUUGCAUUUGGCCGUGCCAACGGUGGUUUGAAACUCUUUGACUAUAUAAGCAAAGAUGAGAGAUUAAGCAAACUCUUUAACCGGACCGGAUUCUCUGUCGGGGUUUUGAAAAAGAUUCUACAAGUUUAUAGAGGUUUCGAAGGAGUUAAUGUGUUGGUUGAUGUAGGAGGUGGAGUUGGAGACACACUUGGUUUUGUUACUUCCAAGUAUCCAAACAUUAAGGGUAUCAAUUUUGAUCUAACUUGUGCUUUGACACAAGCUCCUUCUUAUCCUAAUGUGGAACAUGUGGCUGGAGACAUGUUUGUUGAUGUCCCAAAAGGUGAUGCUAUCAUCUUAAAACGUAUACUUCAUGACUGGACUGAUGAAGACUGUGAAAAGAUUCUCAAGAAUUGUUGGAAAGCAUUACCGGAGAAUGGGAAAGUGAUUGUCAUGGAAGUAGUUACUCCGGAUGAAGCAGAUAAUCAUGAUGUGAUAUCCAACAUUGCCUUUGAUAUGGAUCUGUUGAUGCUCACACAAUUAUCUGGAGGAAAAGAGAGGUCGCGGGCCGAGUAUGUAGCUAUGGCUGCAAACUCGGGUUUUCCGCAUUGCAACUUUGUAUGCAGCGCAUAUCAUUUGUGGGUCAUCGAGUUAACGAAACAGGCUUAAAGUUGUAAGAUUAUGUUUCUUCUUGUGUUCUAUAUAUAAAGAGCGUGAACCAUCUCAUGGUAAUAAAAGUUGUAUGGAUUU